UUUCUUUCAUUAUUCCAUAUUUUUCAUAAUAAUGUCAAUUACUUUUUUUCCAUUAUUAUCAUCCAUCAAUAUUUCAGAUGAAUUCGAAAAACUCCGGUUCUAUUUCUCCUCGCAAAGCUGCUGCGAAUUUGAAUAGAAGUAUGCAGUCCCUCAAAGAAGGCUUUAAACCUGCACCUUCUUCAAAAGGUCAACGCUACAAGUCGACAGCUCAACCGAGCAAUUAUCAAUCCCAGUCAUUGAUCUCCAAGACGCCUGGACCGUACCGACCACGACCAGCAGUAGCAGCACGACCAACAGCACCAGCACGACCAUCAUCGACAUCUCAAUCUUUCACGCAAUUUCAACCGCGUGCAACGUCGACACAGAAGUCGAUCAACGCAGCACCAACAUCUCUGCCGCGUGUACAGCCACCUAAUCCAGGAUCAUCGUACUCACGGCUGGCCGAUGAAGCAUCAACGUCUCGUUAUCAGAGCCGCGGCCAAUCAUUAGCGAGACAAAAUGUAGUGGUGCAGCAGGAUUCUGUGGCGAUCCAACAACUCAACAGCAAAAUCGACUUUUUAAAUCGAAAAAUUGCCAAGUUGGAAAGCUCAAACAACGCUAUGAAUACCAGACUCGCCAACUUGGAGAAAACUGCCAGUGACAUCAAACAAGGCAUCAAGAGCGUGGAGCAAGUAGCUCGAUCGAUGCACGAGAUAUUGGCUAAUAUUACCAGGAAUAAUAACAGAAGGGCAACAACGCGAUCUGCCUCCCGUCCUUUCAAGUCAACCGCUGACCUCAUAGCCUUUGACGAUUGCAGUGAAGAGAAAUUUCGACACCUUGUUGACUACCUCGACUACAUAAAAGGGUUGAAUCCAACGGAUACAGCAGCUAAAUUCAUCAAGAACUGCUUUAUUAUCGACGAGGACCUCUUCAGGAAUUUGACAUGGCACGGCUCCAAAACGAACGACCAUCUGAUGGCUUUGAAGAGCACAAAGUUCGCGAAAGCUUGCGCAGAAGCUAUGCCGUUAAACCCGAUCACGCUGAAGAAGCCGACAGAGGAUCAGUUUUCCGUGGCCAUGACAAAGGCCCUGAAAAGUGCUAAGGAGGGUUAUAGAAGGAAGAGAAAACAGCCAACCUUCAAUGAGGAUAUCAUCGCGUUGCAACCACAACCUCGAAGGCCCUGCCAGCAACAGUGGCAGCAACGCAACGACCAACUGGAGAGGAACGACAACGUAGCUCCCAUCGAGGACAACGGUGACAACGGCGGCGACUACGGCGGCUAUGGCGAUCAGAACGACGACGGCAACUACGGAAACCAGGACCACGACGACGUUUUGGAAGGUCAUCAGGACGUGGACUACAACGGAGGAGGCCAGGGCCACGGCAACUACAGAGGCCAGAACGAGGACAACUUCGAAGGUCAGGACAACGGUGACAACGGCGUCGUCUACGUCGAUCAGGACGACGACGGUGGCUACGGCGGUCAGGACGACGACGGCGGCUACGGCGGUCAGAACGACGACGAAAAAUACGCAGACCAGGACCACGACGAUGUUUUGGAAGUCCAGGACGUGUACUACGGAGGAGAAGGCCAGGACCACAACAACUACAGAGGCCAGGACGACCGCGGAGAGUACCAAGAGGACGAGACGCAAGACAUGUUUGCAGAUUAAUGGGUUUUUCUUAUUUACAUUACUAUGCAUUUAAUUUAAUAUUUUUUCAGGUUGAACGCUCGUUCACAUUUUUUACAAAUUUUUCUUUUUUUACAUUUAACUUUUUUUAUAUUUCAUAUUUAAUGUAGUCUUAAAAAAUGUUAACGAGCGUUGGAGGGGCUGAUUGCUGUGGUUGAGCCUCACACGAGAGGGGCGAGGAGAGGGGCCCCUCUCACUCACUCUAAAAAAUAAUAUACAAAUCACGACAAAUGGAAUUUUAUUUUUUCAGGUCCCUCUUCUAAAUCAUCGACAAGGCAAGGAUACGAGGUCCCUUACACAUGGACAACAUUGAAAUAAGAUAAGUAUAAUCGCAUCAAUUUAUAUUUUUAUCUUUUUAUAAAUGUUUCUUUUUGAAAAUUUUUCUCGUUUCAGGAGUAGCAAGGACAACGGCAGAGUCAAUAAGACGAAUAACAUCAGGCAAUCACCCUUAUAAUUGUACAUACACCUGCAACUACUACCUUAGUGCUUCAAGGAUCAUCAGAGGAGAGGAAACCGUAUCCUCGGUUCAAUUAUCCUUGGAACACUGUUCUUCAUUUUCAGGAACCAAAGGACUAUAGGCAGCAGGACUAUGAGCAAGCAAUUAACAGGAAGAAAAAAUUCAAAUACGUGUUUUGAUAUAUAAUUAUUGUAAUUAUUAUGUAUUACAUUUAUUAAUAUGUAUAUUCCAGAAAUAAAUUUUGAUUAUUUUAUUAAUAAUAGUUUAUUUUUAAUUUUAAUAACAAAAAUAAAUCCGCAUACAUCCGGUGCGCGUGCUCAAAAUAAAAAUUUCAUUUUGCAAAAUGCCGGCACAAUGCGCGCAUAUAAUGUGCAAAAUGCCCGCAUAUUUGCAGCACGACUGUAGCGUACCCUGAGCAUUGCGUGCGGGCACAGCGCUCUGGCACAUGCUCGUCAUAUGACGGUCAAAAGCCGGGGCACCUGGCAAUCUCGCGUGCGGCAUGAAUGUCGUCGUGUUGCCGUCAUUGUGCCGAGCCUUGCGGUUUGGGGGGGUUGUCAAAAAAGAGAUGUUUGUUUCCGAAAAACCCAUGUGUGUCAAAGUGUGCCAAAGUACAGCAAAUUUCCGAAUUUGAACACUUUGGCACAUUUUGUCACAGUAUGGCACACUUUGGCACACUUUAGCAUACUUUGCCACACUUUGGCACACCCAAUUAUUUCCACUAGGGUAUAAUGAUCAUUACUUAUAACUUUAAUUCAAUUAAUCAUAUUACUUAUUAGAGAAACUAUUUUCUUAAGAUUUUUGCUGUUUUAAAAGGUGAUACAUAACCUAACUAUCCUCGAGAUAGAGACAGCUCGCCGAGACCUGCCAAAACUACCAGUGCCCUCUCGCUGUUUUUACUGAAAAGUCGCUACUGUGGUGACGCUAAUAGCCCAGUAAAAUUAGCUGUGAAAUCGCCCUGCGGUAGAAGUGGCUGCAUUUUGGAUAUUUGGUAAUUCGGGGUCGAAAAAGCCGAUUCUGAAAUUUGCAGCUUCCUAGAAUGAGGGGUUCUAUGCGAAAACAGCAUGCAAAAGUUAUUUUUGCUCAUAUCUCGAGAUCGGCUUGACCUAUGAGAAAAUGGCUGGUAUCAAUGGAAAGAGCGUUAAAUUUUGCAUUGAAAACGAUUUUUUAAUCGAAUCCGAUGAGCGCAAAGUUCCGAGAUAAUUAAUGAAAAAGAAAUUUGCUUGGUGUAGAGGCAGGGGAGGGGAGUGAGCAGACGACAUGGCCGCCGCCGCUCUCUCCGCGCGCAGCGGUGGGACGGCGGGAACCGAGCCGCGUUUGAAUGCGUCAUGCGAAAAUAUGAUUUUUGAUUUCGCGGCGACACCCGGAAAACUUAUUGUAUGAACUUUUU